AUGAUUGUUAAUGAUUUAAGAAAUGAUGAUUUUAAUCUAAAUAGUAAUAAUAAUAGUAAUAACAAUAGUAAUAACAAUAAUAAUAACAAUAAUAAUAGCAAUAGUAAUAACAAUAAUAAUAACAAUAGUAAUAAUAAUAACAAUAAUAAUAACAAUAAAAGUAAUAAUAAUAAUAAUAAUAAUAAUAAUAAUAAUAAUAAUAAUAUCAAUAUUAAUGAUUGUGAUAGUAUUUAUAGUAAUAAUAAUAGCACAUUAAAUAGAAGAUCGGUAACAUAUUAUUCAUUAGCAAUUCAAUGUUUUAAUAAUAAUUAUUUUAAAUUAAUAAAAGAAAAUAAUAAUCAUGAUAAUAGUGAAAUCAUAAAGCAAAUUAAAAAACUUAUAUCAAUAAUUUAUUCAAAUUUAUCCCUAGUUUAUAUAAACGGGUGUUUUGUAGAUAAGGCAUUGGAUUCAAUAGAGAAGAGUAUAGAAUAUGAUAAAGAAAAUGCAAAGGCACAUUACAGAAAAGCAUUGUGUCUCAGAUAUAUGUGUCGUUUUAAAGAAUCGUUAGAAGCAUUAGAUAAUUCAUUAAAAACAUCAACGUGCAGGAAAGAUGAAGGAUUAAAGAAAUUAAUAGACAACGAAAAAGAUGAAGUGGUUAGUAAAUUAGAAAGAUUAAAGGUAGAAGAGAAAAGUUUUAAAGAGAAAAUUAUAAGAGACAAGGAGGAGCUUGGAUUAUUUCCGAUGGUAUCGAUUGAAUGGCAAGAAGGUAAAGGUAGAUGUGUAAUUGCAAAUAAUAAUAUUGAAAAGGGUAGUUUGGUUCUUAGGGUUUCACCGUAUACAGCCUCAAUUGAGGAUAUUCAUUUACAUAAAUAUUGUGGUUCUUGUUUCAACAAAAUUAUAAACAAAGAGGAUAGGCAGAAAUAUAAAUGUAAAGAAUGUAAAAAGUUUUUGUUUUGUGAGGAAUGCUCAACUGAUCCCGUAGCUAUUCAAUAUCACCAUGAAGAAUGUCCAAUUUAUCAAUAUUUUAAUAGAUAUCACCCAGAUAGUAAUGAAACUAGGGAUAUAAGGUUGAUGUCAAGGGUUUUAUUAAAUGCUUUAAAAGAAAAAAAAAUCAAUAAUAAAAAUAACAAUAAUACAAAUAAAAAAGAUAAUAAUAAUGAUAAUAAUGAUAAUAAUGAUAAUAAUGAUAAUAAUGAUAAUAGUGAUAAUAAUGAUAAUAGUGAUAGUGAUAGUGAUGGUGAUAGUGAUAAUGAUAGUGAUAGUGACGGUGAUAAUAAUAGAAAUAAUAAAAAAUUUAAAUCUUCAAAAUUAAAUAUAGCAAAGGUUACUUUGUCAGAAUAUUCAAAAAAUAAUAUACCAAUCAAGUGGAGAAAAGAACCUUUUUUAUUUGGCACCUAUAAUGAUAUUAUAAAUUUAUCGUGUUCAAAUGAUGGAAAGAUUGAUAAAGAAUUAAGAGAGAAGUUCAAUAGAGGUGUUACAACAUUAAUGAACCUGUUUGAAGAUAUCUAUGGUAUAGAUUUUUUAGGUGACUCAUUCACUCGCGAAGAAAUAUAUGAAAUAUAUACAAUCUUUCUCAGUAAUGGUCAUACAGUCUCAAAUAUAUUUGGUAAAGGAUAUGGCCAUGGAUUUUAUCCAUUGGGCUGCUAUUUUAAUCAUUCUUGCGUUCCUAAUGUAACAUGGUAUGUUGAUGAUAAUGGUAUGUUGGCAUUCAGAGCAACAAGAACUAUUAGUCAAGGUGAGGAGCUAUUUUUAACGUAUUAUGACAUGUUUUCAACUUUGGAUGAUCGUAGACCACAUCUUUUAGAUCAAUAUAGAUUCUUUUGUCAAUGUCCACAAUGCGAAUUCCAAUCAAAGCUUAGCGGUCUUACUUGUAAUCAGUGUAGAGAGCCUCUGGAAGAGAAACACCUCUACUUUGAACUUCCACUCAGUAACGAUGACAACGGUUAUAGAUUUACAUGCUCAGAAGGUCAUAAAACUUUUUACCCACCAGAAAAGGGUCAAGAAGGCCAAGAUGCAAUCAUUAAUGGUGAUUUAAGAACAUACGAGUUUGUAAAUUUACUUUUGCGCACAAAUUCAUUCUUGGAUGAAUGUAGAGAUGCUUUGGGUAGUUCCUCAAUUCCAAUUAGUUUUAUAACACCAGAGAUCAUAGGGCAAACACUCAACCAACGUAUAGCCAAUUCUUUCAACAUUGGUGGUAUAUUGGUUAAAUAUUUGAAAGAAAAUAUACCACCUCAUCAAAUUUACCACGAGGUUUUAGAAAAAUUACAAACAGCAAUUAAAGAUAAUCCAUUAAAUUUAACUCUUGAAGAGUUUUCUCCAACAUCAAUUUGUGAUUUAAAUUUAAAGUUAUUUAGAUCAAUUAGAAAAAACAACCCAGAGGAUGAAAGAUUAGAAAAAAUCAAAGAUAAAAUCAUAAGCAUUUUAAAAAUAAUUAAUGGUUACCCAAAUAAUUUAUCAUCCAAAAUUAUAGAUAAUCAGCUAAAUAAAAUAAAAUAAAAUUCAAGUAAUUUUAUUUGUUUUCAUUUUUAAUAAUUUUUUUUUUUUUUAUAUUUAAUUAUUUAAAUAAAUAGAAGAAUAUGGUGUAAGGUAUAAUCCAAAUAAAGAAUAAGAAAUAGAAUAAAGUUCGAAGAUUGUUUCGAUUAAAGUAUGGCUAUAUAAAAAAGACUUAAUUUAAAAAACUAUAGAGUAAUAAACAAUUUUGAGAUCGCUAUGAUCCAUUAAAAAAUCCCACU